CCCACCAGUUUUUGAGAAAGAGUAGAAAUUUGUAUUUCACUUCUUCUUCCUCCUUUCAGCGAUGGCGGCUGCUGAUCUGAGAGACGAGCUGAGCUGCUCCAUCUGCCUGAGCAUUUAUACCGACCCUGUGUCCCUGCCCUGUGGCCACUACUUCUGCCGGGGCUGCAUUGGGAGGGUACUACAUUUGCAGAAGGAGAUGGAUGAAGGUCCUUCCUGCCCAGAAUGUAGAGAAACAGAUAAAAGAAUAUUGGAACCAGAACAGGAUGGGCCUGGAAUCUUCUGUACUUUUUGUAUUCACUCUACUGUAGCUGCUGUUAAAACUUGUCUGCACUGCGAGGCGUCUCUGUGUGAUGCCCACGUGAGGGGCCACAGCAAGUCAGCAGAACACGUUUUAUCUGAACCAACCACUUCCCUCCGGAACAGAAAGUGCUCUGUACAUCAUAAGAUUCUGGAGUAUCACUGCUGUGAGGAUGGGGCCUUUAUCUGUGCAUCCUGCUGCCUGGCCGGGGGGCACCGGGGCCACAGGGUGGAGCUGCUGAGUGAGGCCUCUGAGAAGAAGAAAGAGAAACUGAGGAAAGUUCUGGAGAAACUGAGCCCAGAGAGAGAGGAGACUGAGAGAGGAGCCCAGAGGCUGCAGGAGCGCAGGAGAGAAUUAGAAGAAAAAGCCGCCAUUGAGACUGAGAGAGUCACUGCCCUGUUUAGGGGCAUCAGGGAAGAGCUGGAAGCCCUAGAGAAGCGACUCCUGAGUGACAUCUCCAGGCAGAAAGAGGAGCUCACACUCACUGAGCUGAUCCAACAGCUGGAAAUAAAGAAGGGCGAGCUGUCCAGGGAGAUCCGGCACAUUGAGGAGCUGUGCAACAUGGCAGAUCCACUCACUGUCCUACAGGAACAAUGGGAAUCCCAUGGAGCUGCCUUUUGUGGGGCUGAGGAGGCAGAAAAUGGGGGCAGAGAGAGAGAGGAUGUGCAACUUCUAAGUAAAACUUUACCAUGUGUGAAAGGAAAAGCCAAAGCAAAGGGCAGAGGGGCGUUAGAGGAACGUCGGACUCGGUCAAGUGGACAGGUGGGGAGUGAGCUCUCAGAGGGGGGUGACGUUGAGGAAGGCUGUGGGGGUGACAUUGAGGAAGACUGUGGGGGAGACAUUGAGGAAGACUGUGGGGGAGACGUUGAGGAAGGCUGUGGGGGAGACGUUGAGGAAGGCUUUGGGGGAAAUGUUGAGGAAGGCUGUGGGGGAGACGUUGAGGAAGGCUGUGGGGGUGACGUUGAGGAAGGCUGUGGGGGUGACGUUGAGGAAGGCUGUGGGGGUGACGUUGAGGAAGGCUGUGGGGCAGACGUUGAGGAAGGCUGUGGGGGAGACGUUGAGGAAGGCUGUGGGGGUGACGUUGAGGAAGGCUGUGGGGGUGACGUUGAGGAAGGCUGUGGGGCAGACGUUGAGGAAGGCUGUGGGGGAGACGUUGAGGAAGGCUGUGGGGGUGACGUUGAGGAAGGCUGUGGGGCAGACGUUGAGGAAGGCUGUGGCGGAGACGUUGAGGAAGGCUGUGGGGGAGACGUUGAGGAAGGCUGUGGGGGUGACGUUGAGGAAGGCUAG